AGAAGGCUUCCAAAGCUCAAUCCGUAAAAAACGAGACAAUAGAGAGAGAGAGAGAGAGAGAGAGAGAACAGAAAUGGCAAUUCAUGCACCACUCUCAGUCGCCUCAGUAAAUUGGGUGCCUAAACUCUGCUUUAGGAAGCUUGAAUCCAAGAGAGAGAGAGAGAGAGGCAAGUUUUGUUGAUUUCAAGCCGAUUAGAAAACGAAUCAGCUUCACAAGAUUGAGAGCUGCAGGGUUGUCCGAGAUUGAACCUGAUCUUAAUGAAGACCCUGUCUGAAGAUUUUAAGUAUGGAGAGUAUGAUGGGCACCAUACUUACUUUGAAGGAGAGGAGGAGAAAGGAACAUUUUGGGGAGCCAUUGCUGAUGAUAUUCAAGCUAUUGAACCAACCACAGGCUUCCAAGCUAAAUCUCUUCAUUCUUUGUUACUCUUUUCAUACAUUAAUUUUGUAAUUGAUUGUUUUCAACUCCUUGCAGGACUUCUUUCAUGGCUUUUCCUCCCCGCAGUUGCAGCUGGAAUGUUCUUCAAUGCUCCGGGGGAGUACUUGUUCAUUGGAGGUGGAGUGUUUACGAUUAUAUUCUGCAUAAUAGAGAUGGAUAAACCAGAUAAGCCUCACCACUUUGAGCCUCAGAUAUAUAACAUGGAAAGGGGAGCUCGUGCUAAGCUAAUCAAUGACUACAACACCAUGAGCAUUUGGGGUUUUAAUGAGAAAUAUGGAGAUCUCUGGGAUUUCACUAUCAAGAAAGAUGAUAUCACAAAGCGUUAACUUCUCUUCUUAUUUGUAAUUAUUAGCCAUAUAUAGCCAUGUGAGCAUGGGAAGUAUAGUUUUUCCCCUUGUUUUGAUAAAAUUGA